AUGAAUGACUCAAAGGCAGCUGAAGCACCAGAAAAGCCCAUCUCAGCACUGGUGAUGACUCAAGAAAGCCAUCACCCUGAAGUUUCUUGUAAUUUGCAGGCAGCUCAACAGGUGGAGAGUAUCCUCAGAGCGAGUGCCAGGAUAGGCUCCAAAGCUACACAGAGAAACCCUGUCUUGAGACCUUCCACCCUAGACCAUGGCCAAGUUUGUCGUAACUUCGCGGAGAAGGCCCCGGCGCUAGUAAGCGCUGCUGUGACUUACUCGAAGCCUCGAUUGGCCACAUUUUGGUACUACACCAAGGUUGAACUGCUUCCCCCAACCCCUGCUGAAAUCCCUGCAGCUAUUCAGAGUGUGAAAAAAAUAAUUCAAAGUGCUAAAACUGGUAGCUUCAAACAGCUUACAGUUAAAGAAGCUGUUUAAAUGGUGUAGUCGCCACUGAGGUAGGUGUAGGUGUGGAUGUGGCUUUAUAUCGGAGAGAUCAUAGGCAAACGUGGCAUCGUUGGCUAUGAUGUUUGAAGACUGAUCUUUAACAUCUGAUAUUUGAGUUUUUAUUUGAGUGUUCUUGGACCACAUGUGAUGAGACUGCUAUCUUAAUAAAAUACUAGCUGUC